AAGCAGAUCGACUUCCUGUGUGACAAUAGUAAGUUAGCGUGCACUAUUUUUAAAGCCUCAAACGGAAAGAUGCUCAACCCUCUCAGCUCGUCUCGCCGUGUAUCAUAAUUUCUGAGUGUGGGCUUAAAGGAAGAUUCCUUCGCCGAGUUAAAGCGUGACGUGUUAGUAUCGUCUGAGCUGCGGUGACUGGAUUUGGCACGUCGCUCCUGACACGUGAGAUGUGAAACAUGGAUCAUCCAGCGUAUCAUGGGCCGAUAAGCAAACAAAGAUGUGAGGAGCUGCUCGGCAAGAAGGGACGGGAUGGAACAUACCUCAUUCGGGAAAGCGAGACCAUCCAGGGAGCUCUCUGCCUCUGCGUGUACAAACAAAAAGUGGUCUAUACUUACAGGAUCCUCCAAACCCACACCGGGUACUUCACUCUACAGGCUAGCUCAGGUGCAGAGGAGAAGUUUUUCAAGACGUUGAAGGAUCUCAUUGGUCAUUACAAGCAAAAGAAUCAAGGACUUGCAACACACUUACGCCGUUCACUGAAAAGAAAAGCACUGCUAGAUCAGCCAUUGGAGUGUGCAGAACCGCUAGUGCCCAACGAGGAAAAUGACUAUGAAAAUGUUGACUGCUCAGGGGACUAUGUUGUUGUUCUACCGGAUUGAUUUAGUCACAGUGUGACUUUCUGACUGGAUAACUGGAUCAUGAACAACAUGAACCAUAUAGAUACGCUGUUGCAGUUUCCAAGUACUUUCUGGCCAUUUUCACCUCAAAUUUCGGAAAUACAUAUGGAAUCUUAUUACACGAAUCACAUUUUAGCAUGUGUAUGCUUCGUGCAAGAAAGAUGCAUGAAUUCGGGGAGUGCUUUUUAACGGUGUGAAUUUUUUAAAAGCUUGUUUCUGCUUUGGGAUUAGGUUUCCAUUUUACAGGUAAAUUGUUGUUUAUUACAAUUCUGUGAAAAAAAGUCAGAAUUGCAAUAUAUAAACUUAGACAUCUGGGUUAUAUAAUGUAAGAGAAAGAAAAGGGAAUUGUGAAAAAAAAACUGAAAUUUUGUGAAAUUUCAACUAUGAAAUGCAACGAAAAUGUUCAAAAUUGUAACAAAGUCACAUUUACCUUUUUAUUUUAUUACAAGAAGAGAUUGUAUAUAUGUUUUUUUGUUAGUAAACACAGUUUAUAAUAGAAUUUUGCCUUGAACAGUGUCUAUAAUAAAGUAUGAUGUGUAAAUGUUAUGUGUUAU